CCCAUUCCCUAAUUCCCUUCCAGUCUUUUUAAUGCCUCAAUUCAAUCUCGUGUCUUCGAUUCUCUCUCUACACGCCUGUCUCUUCCCUCUCUAUCUCUGAUCGAAUCGAUUGUGCUCAGAAACCCUAGCGCCCGAUCCACGCCAUCACACCAUGACUCUUGGCUCAGGAGGAUCCAGUGUCGUGGUCCCUAGAAAUUUCAGGUUACUGGAAGAACUUGAACGUGGAGAGAAGGGAAUUGGGGAUGGUACUGUGAGCUAUGGAAUGGAUGAUGGUGAUGAUAUUUACAUGCGGUCUUGGACAGGAACCAUCAUAGGUCCACACAAUUCUGUACAUGAAGGGCGUAUAUAUCAGCUGAAGCUAUUCUGUGACAAAGAUUAUCCAGAGAAGCCUCCAAGUGUUCGUUUUCAUUCCCGGGUUAACAUGACUUGUGUAAACCAUGAAACUGGUGUGGUGGAACCAAAGAAGUUUUCGCUCCUAUCAAAUUGGCAGCGUGAGUACACAAUGGAAGAUAUACUGACACAGCUGAAAAAAGAGAUGGCAGCGACUCAUAACCGUAAGCUGGUCCAGCCUCCGGAAGGAACCUAUUUCUAGUAUAAAGAUGUAAAGGUCUUCAUCGACCGCAGUCAUGGUUGAUAUUGUUUGAGAAUGCUCCCGUCCUAUCAAGUCUAUUGGGCCAUUUGCUGUUGUACUUGCUGUGUACUAUGUUGUUGGGAUGUUUGGUUGAUGGGAUUUUAUUUGUGUGACAAUCAUUUAGAACCAUAUCAAAAUCGGCUUAAU